CUGUCAAUACGUAAUUGUCAAAAGUUUACCAACCUAAUUUAUGAAUUAUUGUCCUUCUACAUUUCCGUCUCCAAAAUCUUAUUCGAAUUAAAAUAUACAAAAUUCCUUAGUUAUAUCUAAAUCCCUAUUACCCCAAAAAGUAUUUACAUUCGCGCGAUAGUAAAAGAAAUCGCCUCACGUAGCGAUAUACAUAAUACCGUGUCUAAGUUUAUUUGUUUUAAACUAUUUGCGUCCAGAUUAAUGAUUGUGUGCUAAUUCACGGUUUGCUAUUAGAGAUCUUAAGAAUGUCUGACGGUGAGGACAGUGAUGCUGGUUGGGUGUUCUACAGAGACCGGCCAGAUUGGAGUGAUGUCACCCCAGUGCCUGAAGAUGAUGGCCCUACUCCUGUCGUAGUCAUUGCACAUUCAGAGAAAUUUGAAGAUGUGUAUGAUUACUUCCGAGCUAUUCUACAAUCUGAUGAGAAGUCACAAAGGGCCCUGGAGCUAACUAAAGAUGCUGUAGAAUUGAAUCCAGCUAAUUACACAGUGUGGCAAUAUAGGAGAGAUUUAUUAAAAGCGCUGGGGACAGAUCUCAGAUCAGAAUUGGACUAUGUAGAAUUUGUGAUCAAACAUUCGCCUAAGAAUUACCAAGUAUGGCAUCACAGACGAGUAUUAGUGGAAUGGUUGCAAGACCCGUCAUUGGAAUUGGAUUUAACUGGCGAUGCGCUUGCGCAGGACCCAAAGAACUAUCACGCGUGGCAACACAGGCAAUGGGCUAUGAAGACUUUUGGGCUCUUCGAAAAAGAAAUGGCCUUCGUAGACAAGCUAAUAACCGAGGAUGUCCGGAACAAUUCGGCCUGGAACCAGCGUUACUUUGUCAUGAAUAACCACCAAGGCUGGUCGGACCUCAACGUACAACGUGAAAUAUGCUAUGCAUUGGAGAAAAUAAAAUUCGUCAAAAAUAACGAAAGUGCCUGGAAUUAUCUACGGGGUGUGUUAAUUCAUGAUAAACGAGGCUUGAACGGAAACGCAGUUGUGACGUCAUUCUGCGAAGAAUUGUACAAGAACAGAUGCAGGUCGCCAUAUUUAUUGGCAUUUAUCGUAGAUGCGAGUGAUGAAGCGAUAAAGAGACAAGAAACUAACUGUUUUCAUAACGCUGAAAGGGCGAUCGAGAUGUGUCACGCGUUAGCUAAUAAAUACGAUAAGAUACGGUCGAAAUAUUGGAAUUAUUUGAGCGAUAAAUUCCAUAAGUAUAAGGAACAGAACGCAAAUGCUAAUGAUGCGAAUGAUGCUAAUGAAAAUAAUGUGGAGCAUUAAAAACCUCAGUUUUGUAUUACUGUCUCUUUCUAUCGUAAAUGAAUUGUGUAUACUAGAGUGAGAUAGAUUGUUUGUUCGUUUGACUAAAUGAUUUGGUAUCCUUUUCACUCUAAUGGACAUGUUCGUGUGAUGAAAAGAGAUAACAGUAUUCAAUACACGAAUUUCUUUGUGGCUUACCAUUUAAAUGUUGAUGGAGAAAAUUAUAAAGAUGUUUUGGUGUGUGUUAUAUAUUCUAUAGUCAUACUUAAUAGCAUUUUUUAUUAAAUUAUAAAAUAAAAGAAUAUUUCAAGUAUUUAUGAAUGAGAUAAAGACCGUAGGAGAUUUUUUUUUUUAUUUUUCAUCUUCUCUUGUAAAAUCAAAACAUUUGAAAUUGAUUUACUAAAAUAUUUAAUAUUGCAAUACAUUAUUUAAGAGACAAAUUUCAAAGACUCCAGCAGCACUGCUUUUAAAUGUUAAAAGUCAUGAUGCGUUCAAGCAUUUAAUAUAUUCAAUAAAUUCUAGCUAUUUUCAUGAUAAUAACAGUACUUAUUAUAUUCAAAAUAUUCAUAUUGCAAAUAUUCCAAAAUGUUUUUGUAGUUUUCUCUGUUUAUAAUAAAACCGUAUCGGAUUGUUGUCCAAUUGCGUACAAGUAUAUUCCUUGUUUUUGCACCUUGCAUCAAACAUUAUUAUAUAUUUACAUGUAAAAACACCUACACUGACCGUGAAAAUAAAUCUUUUUAAUUA